AUGGAACACUCUGUCAAUCUCAGUCGCUUAGGUGCAAAACCACCAGUCUUCAGGAUAAACCUCUCUCUCCCUCCAAAAGAACGAUAUGUCAGCAUAGCAACAUUAUACCGCGACAGGAUGCGAUCCCUCCGAGGGAUGUUUGAUGACCUGGUCACAUCACUAUCUCCCAGAAUCCCCGUCAACUACGUCCAUAAAAUUGCCUGGCUUUGUUUGCACAGACUCUAUACAAGCGAAGAAACCCAGGAGCUGCGCGGAAUCAGCCAGGCUACCGAUAUCGACAUGUACCUUCUCAUCUGCCUAAACACGGUUCUUGAUCUACUCAUGGGCUGCACAAGCGGCGGAGUGCGAGUUAAGUCUAAGUCAUCAGAAACCAAAAUGAUGCAUUUCCGUACUUUAGACUGGGGCAUGGAUCCACUGCGCGACCUGAUUGUUCAGCUGGAUUUCGUUCGAGAUUCUGAUUCGGAGAAUGUCCUCGCGACAAGCGUCACUUAUGUUGGUUUCGUGGGUGUCCUUACAGGCGUGAGGAAGGAUUUGAGUGCCUCGCUCAAUUUCAGGCCUGUUCACGAUACCACAAGGAACUUCGCAUUCUAUGCCAAUCACCUCUUUGUGCUUCUUGGUUUGCGGCAGUCUAUCUCUUCACUGCUGCGACAAUGCAUCCUACUUCCCCCAACUCAAAAUAACGAGCGAUCAAAAUUCUCGACGUUGGCCGAUAUUGUUGCCAAUGUUCCUCAUAUGGCUACCACAGCGGCAUAUCUGAUCUUCUCUAAUGGGUCGACCACGGUGACAAUGGAGAAAGAUCAUCGGACAGCGGUUGUGCGAUCCUCUUCAUCAUUUAUCGUCACGACGAAUCACGAUCAAGGAUCUGAUUCCAUGUCACCUGAGGCUGUGGCUGAUGCAAAAAGGCAGAAUCAUUUUGGUCUGACAUUGGUCGCGUCAGAUGGACAAGACAUCACGGAUAUCAUUGAAGAUAGCAACGAGCGGCACGAUUGUAUACAAAUGAGAUGGAAUCGAGAGGUUCGUGAACAGAAUGAACUCGCGAACCCCGUGUCUAUCACGAAAGAAAGCCUUUCUUUUGCUGAGCCACCAGGGUCGCGGACCUCUUUAAGAUUGAGAAAAAGGCGAGAAGAAGAGGAAAGGUUAGAGGAGGCCAAAAGAAAACAAAUCGUAUCCUUGGAUCUGGAUGAUGAUUCGGACAUUACUAUAACAAAAAGUCAACUUGUGAAUUGGCUCACAACUUUCCCGGUCUUGAACGAGACCACGCAUUAUGCCACCAUCAUGGAUCCUUCUUUGGGUAAACUGGCUUGGGUAAGGCGCUAUGAUACAAGCGAAUGGGAUGACGAUGACGAAAAUUGA